CAAGAUAGGCACAAAGGUGUGGUCCAGCGCCUACCCCGCCCCUUAUCUGGGCGGAAGCUGAGGGUUGCCGGAAGUUGUGAAGCGGCAGCCUAUGCGGCGGCGCGGUGAGAUCGAAAUGGCCACCGAGGGAGACGUGGAGCUGGAGUUAGAGACCGAGACCAGUGGCCCGGAGCGGCCUCCCGAGAAGCCAAGGAAACAUGACAGUGGUGCUGCUGACCUAGAGCGAGUUACUGACUAUGCGGAGGAGAAGGAGAUCCAGAGUUCGAAUCUUGAGACGGCUAUGUCCGUCAUUGGAGACAGACGGUCCAGGGAGCAAAAGGCCAAACAGGAACGGGAGAAGGAACUGGCAAAGGUCACUAUCAAGAAGGAAGAUCUGGAGUUGAUAAUGACAGAAAUGGAGAUCUCUCGAGCAGCAGCAGAAAGAAGCUUGAGGGAACACAUGGGCAAUGUAGUGGAGGCUCUUAUUGCCCUAACCAACUGAUAAUGUGCUUUUUUUAGACAUUUUGGACUGAUUGACUGAAAUAAAGUGUUCUGUUUUGCUGGGUU